AUGACUGUGUCACCAAACCCUGCAGAACAAGCUUACUUGGACUUGUGCCAGAAAAUAAUAGAUGAGGGGGAGCAUAGACCAGAUAGAACAGGUACUGGAACUUUAUCAUUAUUUGCACCACCUCAAUUAAGAUUUGAUUUGUCAAAUGAAUCAUUUCCUUUAUUAACUACAAAAAAAGUAUUUUCAAAAGGUAUAAUACAUGAAUUACUAUGGUUUGUAGCUGGAUCUACGGAUGCCAAGUUGUUGAGUGAGAAAGGAGUGAAAAUAUGGGAAGGUAAUGGACUGAGAGAAUUCUUGGAUAAAUUAGGAUUAACAGAGAGAAGAGAGGGUGAUUUGGGACCAGUUUAUGGUUUUCAAUGGAGACAUUUUGGUGCAGAAUAUAUUGAUUGUGAUACAAAUUAUCAAGGUCAAGGUUAUGAUCAAUUACAAGAUGUUAUUAAAAAACUAAAAACUAAUCCAUAUGAUAGAAGAAUUAUAAUGUCUGCAUGGAAUCCUCCAGAUUUUGCUAAAAUGGCAUUACCUCCAUGUCAUGUCUUUUGUCAAUUUUACGUAAGUUUCCCCAAUUCAACUCCCGAAUCAAAUUCCGAAAAACAAUCAAAAGUUGAAGCAAAGCCAAAAUUAUCUUGUUUAUUAUAUCAAAGAUCGUGUGAUAUGGGUUUGGGUGUACCAUUUAAUAUUGCUUCAUAUGCAUUAUUGACUAGAAUGAUUGCGCAUGUAGUGGGAUUUGAAUGUGGAGAAUUUGUACAUACUAUGGGUGAUGCUCAUGUUUAUUUGGAUCAUAUUGAUGCAUUGAAAGAGCAAUUUGAAAGAAUUCCUAAAAAUUUUCCAAAAUUAAUAAUUAAAGAAUCAAGAAAAGAUGAAAUAAAAAAUAUAGACGAUUUCAGAUUCGAAGAUUUCGAAAUUGUUGGGUAUGACCCACAUCCUCCAAUUAAAAUGAAAAUGAGUGUUUAA